AUGGUGGUGGAAGUGAUGGAAGCUAUUGAAGCUCUGAAUCGAGCUUUUGAAUUGCACCUCGUCGAUCCAAAAAUCGGUGAUGGCAAGGCAACACGACAGGAAGCUCCGACGAUAGCGACUCCUUCUACAAUGCUAACUCUUGUCGUAACUCCAUUGUCCUCUUUGUCUAAACCCAAUUCAGUCCGGCAAGUAGUGAUUCAGUCAUACCAGCCUUGCAUCCCGGUGUUGUCGAUGGCGGCAGACGGUGAAAGUAGAUCUGACAUCCCAGUGUUGUCGACGGCGCAGACGGUGAUGGUCUCCUGGAUGUUGAUAUCAGCGGCGAGGUGUGUCACCAUCAAGUACAGAGGUGUCCGACGAAAGCCGUGGGGCAAGCCCUCGACGGAGAUCCGUGAUCCCAAACGCCAAGGGUCUAGAGUUGGGCUCGGGAAGUAA